AUGCAAAGCCGGCUGGAGUUAAGAAUAACCACCGAGAAGAAUAAAAUUCUGAAAGAGGCACUCGCGGGGCUGGUGGAGGGAAUUACUCUAGAAGAAGAGGGCAGCGAGCUUGUGAUAAAACUAGAAGAAAGCGGUAGAUUGAUAAAAAAUGCACACAUUGUAGUUUCGUACACCAACUAUGUACUUAAGACAAUAAACGAACUUGCACAGCUCGAAGAAAAAGAAAAACAGAGAAAAGAAUAA